GGUUUAUUGUCAUCAGUUUGAGUCAGAACAGUCCAUGCACAUGGGUAAGUUUCUCUGACUGGAGAGUACUCAUCAAGGGAAUCGAGAAUAAGGAGUUACUGGCUAAUACAAAGCUGUUGAUAUUUAUCCAUCCAGUUGGUGGACGAGUGAGUCAGGAGUUAAACUACACACGGCAGAAGAUUGGAGAAGAGGCCAUGUUUAACCCCCAGCUCAUGAUCCAGACUCCACAGGAAGAUGGUGCUAAUGUACUAACAACAGAAGCACUCCGGCAGCACCUUGACUCUGCGCUUCAGGCCAGCAGAGUACAUGUCUAUAUGUACAACAGGCAGUGGAAAUUGGAACAUUUGUGUUAUAAAUCAGGAGAACUCAUCACAGAAGCAGGUUACAUGGACCAGAUCAUAGAAUAUCUUUAUCCUUGCCUAAUUAUCACUCCUUUGGACUGCUUCUGGGAGGGAGCAAAGCUGCAAUCAGGAACUGCCUAUCUAUUAGGGAAGCCUCCUUUGCAGUGGAUCAACUUUGAUCCCUUAGAAUUCUUGGAAGAGUUAAAGAAAAUAAACUACCAAGUGGAGAGCUGGGAAGAAAUGCUGAAUAAAGCGGAGGUUGGUCAUGGUUAUAUGGAUCGACCCUGCUUGAAUCCUGCUGAUCCUGAUUGCCCAGUCACAGCUCCCAAUAAAAAUUCCACCAAACCUCUUGAUGUAGCCCUUGUUUUGAGUGGUGGAUGCUAUGGACUGUCAAGAAAAUACAUGCAUUGGCAAGAGGAGUUGAUAAUAGGCGGUACAGUCAAGAAUGGUUCUGGUAAACUUGUCAGUGCCCAGGCUUUGCAAACCAUGUUUCAGUUAAUGACUCCUAAGCAAAUGUAUGAGCACUUCAAGGGAUAUGAAUAUGUUUCACAUAUCAACUGGAACGAGGAUAAGGCAGCAGCAAUUCUGGAAGCCUGGCAGAGGAUGUAUGUUGAGGUUGUUCAUCAAAGUGUUGCACAAAACUCUACUCAGAAGGUGCUCUCCUUUACUACAACGACCCUGGAUGAUAUCCUAAAGUCAUUUUCUGAUGUCAGCGUUAUCAGAGUAGCUAGUGGCUACUUACUAAUGCUUGCCUACGCCUGUUUAACAAUGCUGCGGUGGGACUGUGCCAAGUCUCAAGGUGCUGUGGGGCUGGCAGGAGUCUUGUUGGUUGCACUCUCAGUAGCUGCAGGAUUGGGCCUGUGCUCAUUGAUUGGAAUUUCCUUUAAUGCUGCCACAACUCAGGUUUUGCCGUUUCUUGCUCUUGGAGUUGGUGUAGAUGAUGUUUUCCUUCUGGCACAUGCAUUUAGUGAAACAGGGCAGAACAAGAGAAUUCCAUUUGAGGACAGAACAGGUGAAUGUUUGAAGCGAACGGGAGCAAGCGUAGCCCUUACAUCUAUCAGCAAUGUUACUGCUUUCUUUAUGGCUGCCUUAAUCCCUAUUCCUGCUUUACGAGCAUUUUCACUCCAAGUAAGUUUAUACGCUGUUUUCUUAGCUCUUACGCAUGGUCCCAUCAUGGAAAGCCGAUGA